AGGUAGUUUAAAAAAGAGGAUCAAAGAACUCUUUUGUUUUGUGUUCCUUUUUGUGUUCAGUUAAAGGAACAGGUGUGUGGUUUUCAUUUUCACUUAUCUAGUGCUGCUAAUUUAAAGGGAAAGAGUGUAAUUAGAAUUGUAAUAUGCUUUAACACACACUGGGGUGUCUUUUCCAUGAACAUUGCACCAUCAUGCUGUCCAUUCUCCUCGCUGUCUUAGUGUUCUCUACAGGGCUUUUGUCCUUCACUUCAAGCCAAAUAUCUCACCAGUAUCACUUCAUAAAUAUCAGAAAGAACUGGACUGAGGCUCAGAGAUUCUGCCGUGAGAAGUACAUUGACCUGGCGACUGUGAAUAAUGCAGACGAGAUGAACAGCUUGUUCGGAGCCAUAAGUGAUGUUUCAUAUGAUGUGUACAUUGGACUUUAUAGAAGUGAAGUGUUCAGAUGGCACUGGACACUGCCAGAUAGUUACAAUAUAAAGUCGUACCAAAACUGGAAAGAUAAACAACCAGUUAAAAAUAAUAAUGAGGGCUGUGCUGCAAUGAACAAAAAUGGGAAAUGGUUUAAUGAUAGCUGUGACUCACAAAGGCCAUUUGUAUGCUUUAAUGCAAAAGGCAAUCAAAUCCCAGUUGAAAAGAAAACAUGGAGGGAGGCCCAAGAAUAUUGCAGAAACAAUAACCACACUGAUCUAACCAAUGUCAGAAACAUCUCAGAAAAUGAUGAUAUCAAGAAUGCUUUAAAAGCUAUAUGGAAGAUAUUAUCUAAAAACACCACAAAAAGUGAUAAAACCAAGAAUGCUGUGAAAACUGUAUGGAUCGGACUAUUUAAAGAUGCCUGGUUGUGGUCGGAUCAGAGCAACUCUUCAUUCCGGAAUUUCAGUCAGCCAGAAAGCAUCAGCAGACACCAGAACUGUACUGCAGUGAAUAAAACAGGGAGAUGGAAUUAUGUCAAAUGUAACAUCACUCUGCCUUUUAUCUGUCAUGGUGAUCUGAAACCUCAACCAACCACUAAACCAGGUCCAUUGCCACCACCAACAGCCAUACAGAAUCCAAGUACAUCUAUCAAAUCUACCCCUGGAGUAAAAACAACAACAGAGCACAUACCAGCCAAAAUCACAACCAAGAGUGAAAAUACAAGCAGUCAACCAACACAAAUACUCACUACAGAGCAAGAUCUAAAUACAACCAUUAAACCGGGUCCAAUGCCAACAUCAGCAGCAAGACAGAAUCCAAGUACAUCUCGCAAAUCAACAGAAACACAGCACACACCAGCCAAAAUCACAACCGAGGAGGAAAAUACAAGCAGUCAACCAACACAAAUACUCAUUACAGAACAAGAUCUAAAAACAACCACUAAACUGGGUCCAUUGCCAACAUCAGCAGCCAGACAGAAUCCAACUACUCCUGGAGCAAAAACGACAACAGAGCACAUACCAGCCAAAAUCACAACCAAGAGUGGAAAUACAAGCAGUCAACCAACACAAAUACUCACUACAGAGCAAGAUAACCUGAUUCUGGUCCGUGAGAACCUGACAUGGACUGAAGCUGUGAGUUACUGCAGAAAGCACCAUGUGGACCUGGUCUCCAUUCACAGUGAGGAGCUUCAGAAGAGGGCAGCAAGAAGAGCCAGCCAGGCCUCCACUUCUCAUGUAUGGCUGGGUCUCCGUUACACCUGCACAUUCAACUUCUGGUUCUGGAUAAAGAACAGAGAAACAGGCUGCUACCAGAACUGGGCGUCUGGCCAUGGGCAUGAUUAUAAUGAGUGUGGGCUGUCAGGAGCUAUGGAGUCCACUGGGGGUCACCGUUGGGUUGGGAGGCCAGAGAGCGAAAGGCUGAAUUUCAUCUGCCAGUUAUGUGCUGAUACACUAUAGCCAGAAGCAAAAAAAGAGAAGAGACUGAUCGACUAAAAGACUGAUUUUUAUUGUGUUGUACAUACACAUUGUAUUGGUACUACAUACACCAAACCUUCAAAGGGUGGCGAAGUAACAAAAGACACUUUCAGUAAUAAAAAUCUGACAAGAGUGACAUAACUUAUAGCCUAUAUUUUCUGAUUAGUGAGUGGCAGUUCAUCCAAUAAGAGACCAACAAAUAUUUACUUAGUAAUAUAAUUGACCCAAUAUAAACAAAAUACAGGGAAAAAAAAAAAAAAUACAGAACUAAGCUCCUCUCUUGAGGUUGAAUCAUCAGCACCAAGACUAUUGGUAAGAGAAAAAAAAAAUACUUUUAUGGACCAAUAUGUAUUUAUAUGGGUCCAAAAUAUUUAUUUCUUUACUAUUAUUACUAUUACUGUUUUGCAUUAUUAGUAAUAUCCGUACAAUACUGUUAUAGACAAUAGAUGAUUACUCUUUCAGUUUUUUAAAAAUGUCUUAUUUUGUAUUGUCAUUUAUGCAUCUUUGAGUGUGCCUUAGACAUACAUAAUUGCAAAAGAGCAGUUUUGUGAAGUUUAAAGACGAAGAGGAAUUGAUAAUUGUAUGUUAAUUAUUAUGGCUAUAUGUUUAUAACAUCAUGUCAAGUUAUUCAUUGAUAUUAAUAUAUUCAUCACUAUAUUGUUAUUAGACAUUAUUAAUAUAAUCAAUUAAAAUACAUUUAUUUUUACACAGAUUAAGUAAUAAAAUUAUAAAGUGAUAAAAUAAAAACUCAUAAGUGGUUUGUUAUAAUAAUCAACAUUUAAAGUGGCUUUGAUAAUGUCUGCUAAAAGCCUUAAAAUCUGACCAACAGGUUAACAGAACAGAGAUAAGAUUUCCUUGGUAACAAUUUACAAUAAGGUUCUGACGUUGGUUAAUGCAUUAACUAACAUUGAGAAAUACAUUUGUUACGGUAUGUAUUAAUCUUUGUUAAUGCUAGUUUAUAAAAAUACAGCUGUUCAUUUUUAGUUCAUGUUGUAGCUCAGAUCCAUUAAAUAAUAUUAUCAGGUACAUGUGGUAACGUUUGAUUUGAAUAAUGUAUAAAUAAAAAUUAAUAUGUAGAAUGUACAAAUUAUAGUAAAUUAAAUUAACUACACUUAUAAAUAUUUUUCAUUGUUAGUUCAUGUUAACUACUACUAUAUUUAACUAAUGUUAACAACUGAAACCCAUUGUAAAGUGUAAUUAAUUAAAUAAUAGUUAAUAAGAAGAAGCACAAAUUGGCAAGCAUGAGUCCAUUUAUUAAAAUCAAAGGCAGAAG